AGGCGGCGGGGCGGUCACGUAGGUUACGCACAGUCACUCCGCUGCGAGCCCGCACUCUGCGCGGUCCCCUGCCGCGGCUCCCCGAGCGAGCGGGCCCUUGAUGGCGCGGGUCGGCGGCCCGAGGCGCCGCUGACGGCAGGCGCGAGGCACCGAGGAGAGCCCGGGCCGGCCCUUCCCGCCCACCUCCGCCGGCAGACUGCCCCAACCCCGGGCACUCUGCGGGAAUGUUCAAAAAUGAGUACCAGGGAGGUGCAUUUGUUGAAAUCUUUAGUGCUCAGGGGAAAAAUCCUGGAGCAAAAUGGAAGAUCUUUGGCAGUCCAUCUGUGAUUUGGAAAGAGUUUGAUAAAGAAGUUAAAAGUUUUGUAUUUAUCCUGGAAGGCAGCAGCCAAACCAACAGAAUUCAGUUACCAAAGGAGAAUAAGCAAAUUCUUGGACUGAUCCAGAGGUUUCUUGUACUUCAGAUUUACAUACCCCUGGGACAGGACUUCUCCACUGAAUUACUAAUUACUGAUUUAGGAAACAUCAAAAGAAGAUUGUAUUUAUCAACAGUCCAUAAGGAACUGUCCUCAACCCCUCUUCAUGCAAAAAUCCCACUCUUCAUGAUCAAGCGUAAAAUUUGGUGCAAUCUGUGCAUUGACUUGGUUGCAUUCACCAGUGAGAUAUUCAAGGGAGCAGUUUUCCAGUCGUUGGACGGAAUUAUUGUCUCUGCUAACUGUAAGCUUCGGAAGAUCUUCACUUUAAAAUCAAAGCCUCGAGAAACUGCUGAUAAAGAUGAUGAACCCACAGAUAUGAUUCCACGAAGCUGUCAACUUGCAACAGAUGUCCCUCAUGUCACACAGCUGCUAAACAUGACAAAAGUCUGCCAAACUGAAGUAAAAUGUGGAGGUCAUCAUCUAAGAUCAGCAGAAUCAGACCAGUUCAUCAACAGAGGUGGAGGCAGCAUCCGGAACAGUAAAAGUCAAGAUGUUUGCCAUAUUGCCUUCGGGUCCAGGGUCCUCGGACCACCUCCACUCUCUGGCAGACGUAAUAACCUGAGGCUCUCCAGUGAGACAGUAAGAUCCAUUGGGUACAAAAAUAGCCAGUUGUGCCAACAGCCUUCAGCAGAGAAGCAUGUUAACACUGCACAAGGUUCAGCCUUGCUGAUACCUGAGCCUGAGCAGCAAGGAGAGAAAGGAAAUAUCCAUCAAGUGAAGCAGACAGUGCCUAUUCCAGCAGGUCAGAGCAACAACAGGAGAGCUCGCUUGAAAAGCACCAGCGGAGAAAACACAGAGGCACACUGUGGUAGUUCCUGGGAAAAUAACAGGAAUGAAGAGGAAGUGGCCAUCACCCUUAACAGCAUCAUUCAGCCAAGGACAGAGCCAAUAAGUUCCAGCACUCCAGAACCUCAGGCUCCUGACCAACCAGAUGAGUGGAUAUUUCCUGAAAGUGCUGCUCUGACUUCUGACCCAGCAUGUGGCAGUCUGUCAUCGCUCCUAGGUGGGGACUCAUGCAUUGCUUCACACCUUCGGCUAGAAACCAGCAAGGACCAUGAACCUGACCAGGCAGAGGAAACCCGGAUGGCUCCCAAGGACAUUUUCACCUUUUCAUCUAGACCAAGAUCAGCACCUCAUGGGAAGAGUCAUGAUAUGUCCCCAAAGGGGUAUCCAUUUAUUCUGGACCCAAGAGAGGACAACAGUGUGACAAGGAGAGACACCCAUUUGGAAGAUGAUUUUUAUGGUACUGACAGCAGUGAAGAGGAAUACAACUGGAGGAACUACCAGCCCAGCCAGAUCAGCGAAUGUGAGCUGCAAAUGCUAGCAAGCCUCCGUCGGCAGCAGAAUGAAGACCUGGAAGACACUGGGGCUCCUCAUGGCCUGAGUGCAUCCCAGGUGGACAACUGUAAUGUUAGCAUCAGUACCAGCAGUGAUGACACAACCACAUGGAACUCUUGUCUGCCACCUCCUGUCAACCAGGGCCGUCACUAUCAGAAAGAAAUGAAUCCACCUUCUCCAUCAAAUCCUCGAGACUGGUUGAACAUGCUGAGCCCACCAAUUGUCCCUCCCAGUCAGCAGCCAGUGGAGCAGCCUCUGGAGUCCUCUACAAGUGUGAGUGUGCAAGGUGAAGAGGACCUGAGCGCAGAAGAAGAUGAGGAAGUGCUGACUCUGUUGUAUGACCCAUGUCUCAACUGUUACUUUGACCCUCAGACUGGGAAAUACUAUGAGCUGGUGUAGCUCCCGCCUCCGGAGCAGAAAGCAGCCACAGCGGAUGGAUGUCCACAGUGGGCACCAGGACCUGUGUAGGUGGGCCCAAGGAGUCCAAAGGAUUAGAAGGAAGAAGUUCUUUGUAGAUAAUGUUCAAUGUUAAAAACGCCUGCAUUCUCUUUGUAGCUGUGUGUGUGACUUGAAACUUGUGAAGGAAUUAAUGCAGACACCAGAAUUCAGGUUUUGAGGUUUUGAAUUUGCUUUUAGUUCAUCCCCAUCCUCUUAAGUCUCAUUAUGUUAUAUAAACAAAUUAAGAAUUACUUGUUCAAAUUUUUCCAGUGUUAAUCUGUAAUAAAUGAUGGCCUAAUAUACUUACAGAAAGCAUAUUCUUGUUUAAAAGAUGUCUGAAACCCUUUUUUAUAGUUUGUUUGUAUUAAAAAUAAAGUAUAGUGGUCAAAAGGCCACUUCCUUUUUUCA